AUGGAGAAUAAGAAUUUAUUUCAAACUAUAUUUAGACAAAAUCAUAUAUUAAAAAAAAUUUUAUGUUAUUUACCCAUUAAAGAUAGUAAUAAUUUAAGUUUGACUUGUAAAAGUUGUCUUGAAUUGACAAAAGCAACAAAAAAAGAAGGAAUAAUAUAUUAUUGGGAUGAGUAUAUAUUAUUUUGUACUGUAGAUUCUGAAACAGAAAUUGAGGUAUCAGAAAUAAAUCCAAGAGAUGAUUUUUAUAGUGACUAUCCAUAUGACAUAAGGGAAAUGAAAAAAUUAAAAAUAGUCAUUAUUUUAAGAAAAACAACCACAUCAAAAGAAAUAAUGAAAGCAAUUAGUAAAAAAAUAAAUGAAAUAUUAAAAACAAAUCCAUAUAUUCAACAAUUUUCUUUUCAUUUCUCGGAUCCUUCUGAUGGUUUAUUUGCUGAGUAUCUUGUUAAAGAAAUUAAAAGUAAAAAUAUAACUGAAUUAGAAGUAUCAAUUUUAUAUAACUUUUGGUCAAUAACAACUGAAAGGAAUAUUUUUAAUAAUAUGAUAAAUCUUAAAAAAAUUAAAAUAUCUCUUCAAAAUUCUAUUAUCACUGGUAUUGAUAGAAAAUUAAUUGAUACUGCAAGUUUGAUUGAUGGUGUUAUUCUUGAAGUAAAUUUUAAUAAUGUUAACAUUAAUUUUGAUAAUUUUGAUGUUUCAAUUCAAAAUGAAGAUUGUGUUUUGUCAUACAUUAUACGUAAAAAUAUUAAUCUAUCAAUAACAGGAACAUAUUAUAAAUUAUUAAAUUUAAAUUGUUUUUUAAAAAGUUUUACAAACUCAAAUUUUAGUUUGUUACAUGGAUUACGUUUUGAUGUCACAUCAAUUGAUAGUUUACGUGAAUUUGGACAAUUUUUACCAUAUAUGUUAAAUCUUCAAUGGUUAGGAAUAUAUUUUGAUAUAGAUAAUUUCAACCAACAAUUAAAUAAUAAUACUUCUAUUGAUGAAAAUUUUUAUAAAUCUUUUAAACAUCUUCAUAAAUUAAAAACAAUUAAAAUUACAAUGGAAUCAAAAAUAAAUUAUAGUGAAGAAUGUAGUGAUUUUGUAAAUGAAAAUAAUUUAGAAACUAUUAAAGAAAUACAAAAUUAUCAUAUUGUUAAAGAUAAUUGUCAAAAAGAAUUAUUUCAUUUAUUAAAAAAUGCUCCAGAUAUAGUGGAAAAUUUAUAUAUUUAUGGAAUACCUAAAUUAACUUGUAAAAUGUCAUCACUAUUAAAUAAUUAUUUUCCAAAUUUAAAUUUAUUGUUUUUGAAAAAAAUUCCUAAUGCAGAAAAUGAAUGUUUAAAUAAUUUUAAGAAUCUUAAAAUUUAUGUAUCAUAUAUCAUGGAUAAUAUUACGUUACCAGAAAGUAUAAAGAUUGUUAUGAUAUGUAAUAAUUUUGAAUGGAAUUAUGGAGGUAUUCAUAGAAUAUUUGUCAAAGAUAUCAAAAAUAUUAAAAUAAGUGAUAAAAUUUUAAAGUAUUAUAGAAAUUUAAAUAAAUUUAAAAAAGAGUACACUGUUGAUGGAGUACUUAAAGGAAAACUUUUCUUUAAUUACUUUCAUGAUUAUUAUGAUAUUAAAAAUCACUUUUAUAAUAUUUUAGAAAUGAUUUGA